CCUCAGCGCGCGGUCCCCGGCUCGGCGGCGUCGCCACUCCUGCGCAGGAUGCGGCUGCUGCCGGCGCUCCUGGUCCUCGCCGCCGCCCGGCCCUGGGCCCGCGCAGGGUCACACUGGUGCUACCAGAAUCAAGUCAAGCCGUCCAACUACACCUGCUUGGGGCCGGACCAGUGGGGCGGCAGCUGCCAGAAUGAGCACCAGUCCCCCGUCAACAUCGCCACUGCCAAGACACUGCUGGACCCAAACCUGGGACCCUUCUCCUUCUCUGGCUACGACAAGAAGCAAAAGUGGGCCGUGCAAAACAAUGGCCACUCAGUGAUGGUGCUGCUGGGGGACGAGGCCUCGAUCGCUGGAGGAGGACUGGCCGCCCGGUACCGGGCCAAGCAGCUGCACCUACACUGGUCCAAGGUGCUGGAUUGGGGCUCGGAGCACAGCUUCGACGGGGAGCGCUUUGCCAUGGAGAUGCACGUGGUACAUGAGAAAGAAAAGGGGACAUCGAGGAACACGAAAAAGAACCAGGACCCCAAAGAUGAGACUGCAGUGCUCGCCUUCAUGGUGGAGGCCGGAUCCGAGAAUGUUAACUUCCAGCCCCUGGUGCAGGCGCUGUCUGACAUCCCCAGUCCCAAUAUGAACACCAUGCUGAAAGACAACAUCAGCCUCUUCGACCUGCUCCCCAAGAAGGAGAAACUGAGGCACUACUUCCGCUACCUGGGCUCGCUCACCACACCAGGCUGCGAUGAGAAGGUGGUCUGGACCGUGUUCCAGGAGCCCAUUCAGCUCCACAAGGACCAGAUCCUGGCAUUCUCUCAGAAGCUGUAUUAUGACAACGAGGAGAAACUGAAAAUGACAGACAAUGUCAGGCCCCUGCAGCCCCGGGGGCAGCGCCAGGUUUUCAGGUCCCAGGCCCCGGGACGGCUGCUGCCCUUGACGCUGCCUGCGCUGCUGGCCCCCUCGCUCACCUGUCUGACAGCAGCCUUCCUCCGAUGACAACUCAUGUUUGGACGCUUGACCUCUGGUCUCAGCCCUUAAGAGGGCUUGAGCUUCUGUUCCUCAGGCUUCCCGGGUUGGACUUUGGUGAUGAUUAAAAAUAUGGACGUGUUUUUGGGGAAACCUCUCUCACGUCUGUUUUUAGUUCCCACAACUACUGCUGCCCUGCUCCCCUCAACCCACCCCAGCGUGCCAGGGUAGGGGCCUUAGGGCCUGGAGAUUUCUUCUGAGCCGGCACCCCUCCCACCUUUGUGAAUUCCCCGUUGACACCCCAAUUGGAGAGACGCCGAAGGGACCUCAGAGCUCCAACACAGCCACAGCUGGAGAAGUUCCAAUCCAGCCUUUCAUUAUAUAAUGGGGGAAGCUGAGGCCCAGAAAGGAAAGGAGGCUGGGUGGAGGCCACAUAGUGAGGCCACGGCAGAGCCAGCUGAGAGCCGGCCAGCACCUUCCGCCCUGUACUAGGGGUGGAGAGUGCGGGUCCUGCGUGGGUACAGCCUAGGCGGGGUGGGUAGUGGGGUUCAUUUAUCUGCCCCAGUGUUUCUUGAGCAUCUAUGUUCUAGGCACUGGGGCAGUGGUGGGGAAUGAGACGACAAAAUGCCUGUCCUCCUGGAGUUCACAGUCUAGCAGGAGACACUAUAAAUAAAGAGACACA